GAUUUUUUUAAGCAUCUGUGUAAUGCAAUGCCCAUUAAGUUCCUCGCGCCCCUCUUUGCCCUCUCCACGAGAACAAUCGGGCGUCCGCACAAACAACGAGCCAAAGGAAAAGCCCAGGGUGGAGUAGGUGGAGUGGCAGGGUCCCAUCUUCAGGGUGGAAAUUAAGGUUUGAGGCCCCCCAAUUUUGCGUGUGUGCAUGUAUUCUGGAAAUGACUUUUCUUUUUUUUUUAGGGUUGAUCAUAGUGCCCUCUGUUGCUCUGGUAUGAUUCUCACAUGAAGUAAAUGCAUUUUAGUCCAGUUUCAAUCCAGUGUCUUUAUUUCCCCCAAUGUAUUUAAUCAUUUUGUUUUAAAUUCAAUGUCUACCAAUGCGCUAAUCAAAAAUUACAAUGCCACUAAUUCAUUUAAAAAAAGAAACUCCUGAAUCCAGUUAAAUGACUGAGGUCAUGGCUCAUGUUUGAACGUGACUCUGUCUCCAUCAUGUGGCCAAUAUGUGCAUUGCAGUCACCUGACGGCGCCGCAUUCCUGCUCGUCAAAAGCCCUUUUUGCCCUUCACGUUUCUGUAUUUAGACUAAGGCAGUCACAACCUGUUCCACUGGCUUAUCUCGACUAUAAAUAAAAACAGAUACAUGAGGGUAAACACAGGACAUGCAGUAUAAAAACGUCCUCCAAAUGCAGCAGUCCCCUUUGAACUGAUUUAACUGAUUGAAUGGAGUCCAUGCUUGCGCAGUCGCUCUUUUUGGUCGCGAGCGCGCAUAGGAGCGUGGUAGCAGCAGCGCGCAUGCGUGGAAGAGAGUCGCGGGGGGGGGGGGCGGAGGGUGUAGAGAGAGUCGCCGGCUCAAUUUCCAUCGCGGCUGCACACUUGCAUCAAUCGGCUGGACACGACGACGACGAGCCGGCACUGGGAAUACUGAACCGGACACGCCAUGGGCAACCUGCCGCUCACCACCGGGCUGUUUAACACCGGGGCGCCCCCACCCCAACCUGACAGCAGGUUCACCAGCGUACCCAUCAGCAGAGGCAUCACCUACUACCGGGCGCGCCACCCUCUGUCCACUUCCUCCGCCACCCAUGACCCACUUCCUGCCACUGUGAUCCCAUCACAGGCCCCCCCGGCUCGCCCCCUCCUCCUCUUCUUCUCGUGGCUGGGGGCCCACUCGGGGGCGGCAGCCAAGUACUUUGACGCCUUCCUGAUGCGGGGCAUGGACGUGCUGCUGGUGCAGAGCGGCGUCAUGCACUUUUUGUGGCCCCGCUGGGGGCUGGACUACGGGCUGGAGCUAUUGGAGGUCCUGGAAGCGCCCGAAUUAGCCAGGCGUCCCCUUCUGGUGUACGCCUCUUCCAUCGGGGGCUACACCUUCGCGCAGGUGCUUGUCCACGUGGCCCACGGGCACGCCAAGCACGCCACUCUGCCCCAUCGGGUCGUUGGCCACAUCUACGACAGCCUGGUCGCCGGGACCCUGGAGCACAUGGCCACAGGUUUGGGCAGGACACUGGCGCCCCUCCUGGAGCGCAUCAUCAAGAGUACGGCCAUGUUGUACUUCUGGCUCUUCAAAACCAGCACGGCCGACGUGUACCAGCGCGCCAUCUGGGUGUUCGGCAACAGCCCCGUCAUGGCCCCGGCACUUUUUUUUUCCAGCGAGGAUGACGCUCUGUGUGACGGUGAGGUCCUGGAUGCCAUUGUGGCCGGUUGGCGGCGCAGGGGCGUUGCCGUCUACAGCAGGAAGUGGGAGGUUUCAAAGCACGCCGCGCACAUGCGUUGCCACCCGCAGGAGUACCGACGCACGCUGGAAGCCUUUUUGGACUCGCUGCCUUUAAGUCCACCUCUUCUUGGCACAAAUGUACAAUAAAAUUUUUUUCAUGACAUCCA